AUGAAACGCUCCCUGAAGGGGCUGUCCCGAGGCUCCUCAAUGGAGGGCCUCACAAAACGGAGCUCGGGGGCUGCGACUGCCGGCCACGGGGAAGAUGGCUGCGAGACGCCGGGAGACGCUUCCCAAACCGGCACAGUCAUUCUCCGCGAUGCCCGUCAAGCACGGGCCGAGGUGAUGAGGCGGAAGAGGAUUAAUCUUUCCAACUGCAAGCAACCCAGUGUUCGCCGUGCAGCCGCAUUCUUCGGGUUGAAAGAGGCCGGCGCUGGUGAAGAAUGGACUCUGCUCUGGACCGACUCCUCCGUGACAGUGGACAAAGCCUUCCAACUGAAAUGCUACCAGAAAAUUAAUCACUUUCCUGGGAUGAACGAAAUCUGUAGAAAGGACUUGCUGGCCAGGAACUUAAGUCGAAUGCUAAGGCAAUACCCAGAAGAUUACAACUUCUUCCCUAAAACCUGGUGUUUACCAUCUGAAUAUCAUGAUUUUGUGGCCUACUGUAAAGCCGGGAAACCCAAGACCUUCAUCUGCAAGCCAGAUUGUGAAAGUCAGGGGCGAGGCAUCUUUUUGACCCAGAACGUGAAAGAUGUUAAGCCCGGGGAGGACAUGAUCUGCCAGGUCUACAUUCGGAAGCCCUUCAUUUUGGAUGGUUUCAAGUUUGACCUCAGGCUAUACGUCUUGGUUACUUCCUGUGACCCUCUGCGGAUAUACCUCUACAAUGAGGGCCUGAUCCGCUUUGCCACGACAAAAUAUUCCGAACCCACCAAAAAGAAUUUAAAUGAUGUCUGCAUGCACCUCACCAAUUACUCCAUCAACAAGCAUAGCAAGAAUUUUGUCCAGGAUGAAGAGAAAGGCAGUAAAAGAAAGCUGUCUUUCUUUAACCAGUACAUGGAGAGCAAUGACUAUGACCUGGAGAUGCUGUGGAGCAGUAUUGAAGACAUGAUCAUCAAAACCAUUCUGUCUGCGUAUCCGGUCCUGAAGCACAACUACCUCGCCUGCUUCUCAAAUCACGUGUCUGGGAGUGCUUGCUUUCAGCUCCUCGGCUUUGACAUCCUGCUGGAACACAGCUUGAAACCCUGGCUGCUGGAGGUUAACCAUUCCCCGAGCUUAGCGACCGACUCCAAGCUUGAUCAAGAGGUGAAGGACAAUCUUCUUUAUGAUACACUCUGCAUGAUUAACCUUGCAGCUUGUGACCGGCGGAAAAUCAUGGAGGAAGAGAGGCGGCGAGUGAACCAACGGCUGCUUCACACAUGCCGGUCGCGGGAGCACAGAGCUGACGAGAAACGAAACAACCAGGCUGCCUGCGUGGAACAGAUGAAAAAAUACGAAGACGAAAACAUGGGGAACUUCAAAAGGAUCUACCCGAGCGCCACUUCGGAGAAAUACGAGAAGUUCUUCAAAUGCAAGCAUUACCUUUUCCAGGAAACAGUUGCCUCCAAGGCUCGGGAAGAAUAUGUCAGGCAAAUGCGCAGGGAAAUUCAGCAGAGGCAGGAGCAGAAGGAAAUGACUCUCAAAAGCCGGAGUUCCCCGGAAAGGAACCUGCGAGGAAAGUCCCAGCCGCAGAAGAAUCCGACCCCGUUGGUCGUGGUGAAGCCAAAGUCACCAGAAGGGCUGCAGACGUCACCAUCCUCCACUCCUACCAGCCAAGUGCUAGAAAUUGUCUCCAGCCCAAGCCAGCGAGCAGGCAGUGGGGAGAAGAAGAAUGUGGGCCACAGCUGUGAAUUGUCUCCAGGCAGAGCAGAUGCUGAGCCAGAGCCGGAUGCCGUAGAGCAGAAGGCCGAUGGCACAGAACACUGCUCGCUGCUCCAGAACCAACCCCAAGCAGAGCAGAAGGAACCAGGCCAGAAGCAGGAGCAGACAGAGGUUCCAUCGGAGAUCCCUGCUGAAGCACACGAGGGAAAUGCUGGGAGUGAGGCCAAUGUGCAAAAAUCCCAAGCCGAGCUGGAAGCUCACUCUGGGGUCCAAGCCGUCCAGGAAGACAGUCAGAGCCAGGCUUCAUCUGAAACCAGCCCUCAGAUUUUGUCAGGGUCUCUGGACGAGGCUCAUGAGGAAGAUCUCCAUCAAUUCCAGCCAGAGCCCUGUCACCUGUCUCAAGCAAAGGCUUGUGUUCAGGCUCAAGUAGAGGUCCAAGACCAGAGCCUGCGAGAGGCCCAGGACCAAGGAGAGUUACCAGCCCAGGGGCUGAUCCAAAAGGAGGGCCAAGACCAACCCUUUCAGCAAGUCCACGAUCAGUCCGAGACAGAGAUCGAUGACCACACUCAAGAAGGGGCUUGUGACCAGGCUCAUGAAGAAGUCUGUGAUCAGAUCCAAGCAGAAGUCUAUGAUCAGGGCCAAGCAGAGGCCCAACAUCAGAAUACCCAGUCGGAGAUCUUCGAGGAACUUGACCAGAAGAGCACAAUUAUUGAGGAGGAAACCGAACCAGCAGACGCAUGCAGCACGCUGCCGGCCGAAAGCACAGAGCAGAAUGGGAGCUCGAGGCAAUUCCACCCUGAGGUCCAGAGUCAGCCCUGGAGCGAAGGUGGCCCCGAGGCCCAGGCGUUCCCCCAGGGGGUACAAAAGGCAGCAAGAGAGACGCUGAGCACGGCGGGCAACCCGCACGCCGCCUCGCAGGUCAUCCAGAAGUUGGCUAAGGUCCUGAAGUGCAACCACAACCAAGUGGGCCCAGCAAGCAGCCUGAAUUAUUCCGGACAGGCUGAUGCCGCAGGGCACGCUAAUGCCACGGAGGAGAUUUCAAAUGCGCCUUGGGAUCAGCGUGAUUCCUGUUGCAACUGCUGGGGUUACAGUAAGUGA